AUGGCCGCAGCCACGGCGGGCCCUGGGGGGCGGCGAUCGCGGGCGCCCCGCGCCCUGAGCAGGGUGGUGAAGCUGCUGGAGCGCCUGGAGGAGCAGUGCGGGAACCCCCGGCUCUCCUCGAACCCCCCCUGUCUGCGGGACCUGCUGCCGCGCACGGCGCAGCUGCUGCGGAAGGUGGCUCAGGCCUGGAGGGCCGAGGGCAGCCACGACGGUGCCGGCGGCGCCUGGGACUUCCUGGUCACCUACCUCGCCAACCUGGAGGCCAAGGGCAGGCAGGUGGCUACGCUGCUGCCUCCCCGCGGCCAAUCGCGAGCCAGCGAAGAACUCUUCAGGGAGGGCACCAGACUCAGGCGGCAGCUAGCCAAGCUGGCUCUCAUCUUCAGCCACAUGUACUCGGAGCUCGGUGCCCUCUUCCCAGAGGGACAGUACUGCGGACAUGUGUACCAGCUGGCCAAGCCCAUGGCCCACACCUUCUGGAGAGGCUGCUGCGGGGCCCGGUGCGUGCUGCCCUGGGCUGAGUUUGAGUCUCUCUUGCGCACCUGCCACCCCCUGGAGUCAGGCCCCACGGCACUGGCCUUGCGUUCCACUAUCGACCUCACCUGCAGCGGCCAUGUGUCCGUCUUCGAGUUUGACAUCUUCACCAGGCUCUUCCAGCCUUGGCCCACACUCCUGAGGAACUGGGAGCUCCUGGCCGUCAACCACCCCGGCUACAUGGCCUUCCUCACCUACGAAGAGGUCCAAGCUCGUCUGCAGGCCCACAGGGACAAGCCAGGCAGCUACAUUUUCCGCCCCAGUUGCACUCGCUUGGGGCGGUGGGCCAUCGGGUACGUGAGCUCAGACGGCAGCAUCCUACAGACCAUCCCGUCCGUCAAACCGCUGCUCCAGGUGCUCCUGGAUGGACAAAGAAAAGGCUACUUCCUCUACCCUGAUGGGAAGAACCACAACCCCGACCUGAAUGAACUCUGCCGGAUGAAGCCCUAUCAACACAUCCAGGUGUCUGAGGAGCAGCUGCAGUUGUACUGGGCCAUGGACUCCACCUUCGAGCUCUGCAAGAUCUGCGCCGAGAGCAACAAGGACGUGAAGAUCCAGCCGUGUGGUCACCUGCUCUGCAGCCGCUGCCUGGCCACCUGGCAGCAGUCGGACAACCAGACCUGCCCCUUCUGCCGCUGCCAGAUCAAGGGCUGUGAGGCUGUGAGUGUCCAUCACUUCCCAGGGAGGCCUGUGGGGGCCAGGCCUGCCGCCACGGAGGACCCAGUCUGGGACAGCAGUGACCCAGACGACAAGGAGGAGGACGCUGGACAGGUGGUCGCCUCAGCACCCCCUCUCCCCACUCGGCGGGAUCCCUCCCCCACAGGAGCCAGUGCCUGCAGAGGUGGUGGACUGAAGGUGGCACCUCCGGCCCUCCCCAAGCUUCGGGCCCCACUCCCGCUGCCAAAAGUGAAGACUGUGUCCUCAGUCCUGUGGGAAGUCAAAGCCAGCCCUCAGACCAGGGAGGGCCACCCAGAAAAUUCCUGAAGGGAAAGGCUUUAUUCCAAGCGGUCUAGCCUGGAGGCCAGGGUGCCUGGGUGUGCUGCUAAAGGGAGCCCUGGGGGCUGGAGUUUCGUGAAGUGGAAAUAAACAGCCAAGCCC